AUGGACAAGGAAUAUGAAGAGUAUCGCAGGCCCUUGCCCUGGCUUUCGGAGGUCAGUGACGAUACCCGUGCGGAGGUCUCCAAGGCCAUCGACAUCAUUUCUACUGGCCUAGAAGAAACCGACGAUGACGGUGCUAAAAGAGCUGUCGGGUACUUGGAUCGCCCUUUUCAGUUUCCUCCUCUCGGGGAUCGAUAUCUACCAAGACCGGAAACUUGGGAAGACCGGCGAUCAAGGCUCGAGCUCGGGUCGGCUGACACUGCCAUGGCCAGGGCAUGGUGUAGGUAUUGGCAAUUGGAAUCUCCCGCCGCUCCAGCGGAUGAAUUCAGCCUUGAUCAAACAGCUGUCCUGCCAUUCUAUGAUUUCAAAGACUCUUCCAGGUCUAUCUUCGACGACGCUGAGGUUAUCAAGUCUGGAGGGUCGUCGCAAGUGUUUCGAGUGAGGAUGAAUCACAUUCGCGACCAUCAUGGAGGACGACUGAAAAGUGGUCUCUCCUUCGCUGUAAAGAAGACCAACGGAGAUCCCAAAGCCUACGCUCGUGAGAGAAACGCUUAUAAACGACUGAAUCUCGCACAGAACCCUCAUCCACACAUAGUUCCUCUUUGUGCGACCUAUAGGAUGGAAGGCAUAUACCAUUUCGUCUUUCCUUUCGCGGAUGGCGACCUCGCGAUGUUUUUCCGACACCAGCCUCGACCGCGCAACGAAAAAAUCAGUCUUGAGUGGCUCGGGGGUCAGAUGAGAGGGCUUGCGGAUGCCUUGGCCACGGUUCAUGGAGGGAACGGCGAGGAGCCAAAUAUCUGUGGGGUUCACGGCGAUAUCAAACCGGAGAAUAUCCUUUGUUUUGGCCCCCAUGAUAACCAUAGAUGGGUAGGGUUUGCUCUUACAGACUUCGGAUCCUCGCACUUUUGCACCCCCGAAGAGAGAGACAUCCCCAAUGGUCUCAAACACACGCCAGCCUAUCGUGCCCCGGAGAUCGAUACCACAGCUUUCGGUAUUACACAGGCCUGCGAUGUCUGGAGUCUUGGCUGUGUCUUUGCAGAAGCCAUCGCUUGGUUCUGUGAAGGCAGAGCCGGUUUCGCGAAGCUGAUGGAGGCUCGACUCGAUGAAGAAGACAACAGCCCCAAUCGAGAUGCCUUCUUCCGAUUGCAGUACGAUAAGAGACGUGGCCUUACGGCAAGCCUCAAGCCAGACAUCAAAAGACUACUGAUAUCCCUUCGUGAGAAAUCUCGAUCGUCCCCCUUCAUGGAUGACAUGCUGUACAUCGUCUUGGAAGGGAUGCUCAAAGUCAACAUGAGCGAGAGAAUGUCAGCCCAAGAGGUCCUUGGCGCCUUGACGCAGAUGUGCAACAAGUUAGAGAAUGACCCAGCUUAUUCCGAACCUCGAAACACCUGCGAUGUGGAAAUGGUCCACACUCAGGAUGUCAGGCAUCGACUCGACCGCACGGUCGAUACGACUCAUUCCACCAACGUCACAAUUCAAAGCGAAACGGGCACGCAAAUCAGUCUGAAGCCGCGCUUUGCAUGCCCCUAUUACAAGGCCGGUAUCCUGGUCUCCGUUCACCAUCGAGCUUGUGAGGGUCCAGGAUGGAUCGAUGUCAACAAAGUUAAGGAACAUCUCUUUCGUUGCCAUGUUCCAAAGGAAUUUAGGGGGAAAUGCAUUUGCCUACGAUGUUACACCGGUUUCAAAACCGAUGUCCUCCUCCAGGAUCAUGCGCAACAAGAACCGCCAUGCUCUAAGAAGAAGCCAGCGGCAGUCUACGGCAUGUUAAAUGGAGACCAAGCAGCUCAGCUUCACUCACUGAAGAGGAAAUCGUCAAAAGAAACGGAUGAAGAUCGAUGGUUCAACUUCUAUCGUAUCGUUUUCCCAAACUUCAACCGAAUGAUGGAGAAUAUCUCGCCAUAUCACGAGUUCAACAACACUUCCCUCAGUACCAUAAGCUCCACAAGCUCGAGCGGAAUAUCUCAGUACAGAAACUACCUUCGCAAUCGUAAUGCGAAGGACUAUGCCGCGAAAUUAGCGGAAAAUGGCAUCAUCAUCACACUCGACGCAGCUUCCAAACUUCUCGAGCUGCAGGUCAAGGAACUUGGGACCUUUGACGAGACGAUGAGAGAACCUGUUGGAGCCUACGAGAUUCCGACUGAUGUAGGACACGAAAAGACCGGAGACAGUGUCCCUUCCGGCCUCGGUGGUUCAUCUGAUCUCAUCGGCCAAUUCCAGCUUCUGGCUAGAUAUGGAGAUGACCAGGAAGGAACAUUGAUUGAUAGUUAA